AUGGCAGAAACAGGUUUAGACAGAUCUCGGGAGGACAACGAAAUGGCCAUCACCACGACAGAUCAGCUCGAGCAAUAUCUCCUUGUUAAACAGAUGCGUGUUAGCAAGAUCACGCCUGUCUCUGGAGGCAGCUCGAAUUAUGUCUGGCGCGUCGUUACCACUGAAGGUCAGAGUAUGCUCAUCAAACACGCCGAACCUUUCCUCGCGGCACACCGUGAUGUGGCUUUCCCCUUGUACAGGAUGGACAUUGAAGUUCAUGCCAUCAGGACCAUCCCUGGCCUCAUGCCUGCUGACGAGACGGUGCGACUUCCUGGGCUGCUGGAUUACGACGAGGAGAACCACGUCCUCAGGCUCGAGGAUGCCGGUCAAAGGAGCUUGCAUGAUUGCUAUGACGACCCACGGCUCGAUGUGCGGCUGGUGGGAGAAAACAUCGGCAGGUGGCUCGCUCGACUCCACAAGGUCACGACAGACGAAAGUAUCCGAUGUCACUUCACGCAUCCCGUGAUGAAAAAGAUGUAUCGGUGGAACUAUGAAAAUCUGGCGGGCGCGCUGGAGAAAUACGGAUUUGACUCGGCCUUGGGAGAGCGCAUCAAUGCCAAAUACGGGGCGCUGCUCGACACCGAUGAUGUCUGUGUGUGCCACUCGGAUAUGUGGCCUGGUAACAUCCUCCUUGGGGAUACUGUGGGCAACGGCGCCAUGCCGCAAGUCACGGUCAUCGAUUGGGAAGCGGCGCGAAGAGGCAAUGCUGUAACGGACAUUGGGCAUUUCGCAGGCGACGCAUGGUUCCUAGAUCGGCUACGCGGGGGAAGGGGCUUACUGGAUGCUUUCCUGGGAGCAUAUUCGAGGGAAAGACCGUUGCGACAAGAAGAAAAGGAACGAGUCCUCGCGCAGUUUGGAACGCACAUUUGCUUCUGGCCAACCGUAUAUCGGUGGAUGGCCGACAAGCACAAAAGGGAGGCUGCUGUCUAUGGCAAAGCUGUCCUCGAGAAUGUAGAAAGUUGGAAUGUACAGUGGUUUCGGAACAGUGACCUGGAGGUUCUAUUUCGAGAAGAGGAUUGA